CAGAAAUUUGCCGAGUCUUUUCGCACAUACCCAAAACGCACACACGGAGAGAUGAGUUCACGCACCGAAAAGUUCGACGUGAUAGUAAUCGGUGGAGGCAUCAUGGGCAGCGCCACAGCUUACCAAACCGCCCAAAGAGACCGCAAGACACUCGUACUCGAGCAAUUCGGCCUUGUGCACCGCCGUGGCUCUUCACAUGGCGAGUCCCGCACCAUACAGGCCACUCACCCCAAUGACUACUACAGCGACAUGAUCCUCGAGUCUUCCAAGCUAUGGAGAAAGGCCGAAUCAGAGGCCGGAUACAAAGUCCGCACCAGGAAGCACCAUCUCCAUAUGGGACCGGCUACUGAUGCUCGUCUCCAAGCUGUCAUAGCAAGCUGUCGAGAGAAUUACCUUCGUUCCAACCAAAAAAAAGAAACAAAGAAUCCCUUCGCGUUUAAGGAACUCAACCCCCGUGAAGUCGCCGAUAAGUUCUCCGGCAGGCUCAGCAUACCGGAGAACUGGAUUGCGGUACUUACCAAGUUCGGGGGUGUCAUUGAGCCCACUAAGGCAGUCCUCAUGUUUCGAGAGCUGGCAGUUCAAAUGGGUGCGGUUUGGAAGGACAACAUGGAGGUGAAACAUAUUGAGAAGAGAUAUAAAGGCAGAGGAGGCAUAGUGGUCCGCACAGCCAAGGGUGAGGAGUUUCGGGGUAAGAAAUGUGUGGUCACGGCUGGGGCUUGGACAAAAAAGUUGGUCUAUUCAGUCAAUGGCCAAGAAUUGCCGAUACAGCCCAUGGAAACUGCAGUUUGGUAUUGGAGAAUCAAGGAGGGGCACGAGGAGAAGUAUGCCAUUGGAGGUGAUUUCCCGACAUUUACAAGUUAUGGUCGGCCUUACAUAUAUGGAAAUUCGUCUCUGGAGUUCCCAGGGCUCAUCAAGAUUGUGGAGCACGGCGGGUGGCAGUGCGACCCGGACAAAAGGCCAUGGAUGUCAGGAGGGGACCCAGAUCCAUUGAAAGAAUGGAUUGAAGGAAGAUUCUCAGGAUUGCUGGAUUGCAGCACACAUGCGCGCAAAGAAUCCUGCAUGUAUUCAAUGACGCCAGACGGAGAUUUUGUGUUGGAUUUCUUGGGAGGGGAGUUCAGGAAAGACGUAGUGAUAGGUGGUGGGUUUUCCGGUCACGGAUUCAAGAUGGCCCCUGCUAUAGGGAGGAUAUUGGCGGACCUUGCGCUCUAUGGGAGUGCGGAUGGAGUGGAGCUUAAGCCUUUCAGAAUAGGAAGGUUUGAUGAGAAUCCGAAAGGGAAUAUGAAAGAAUUUGAAGAGGAUGAUAUUGAUGGGAGGGCGGAGAGUUUCAUUGCUAAUUUCCGGCGUCAAAACUUCGGAUAGAAAGGCAGGUUUCUACGGCAUAAUUUAAUAGUUUCUGGUGAGUCGCAGGGACCCGAUUAGUUGUGCUCCAAUUCAAUUUUAUGGUUUCUGCGUAUUCGAGUCUGAAUGUUUCUGAGAAUCAGCAUUGGACUAAUUUAUGUUUUUUUUUCCUUCUUUUGAGUUCUGAGUUUGAAGCAUCCUGAUGGAUAGUCCUAUAAGUUGUGUUGAUGAAUGUGACAAAUGAGAAGCUAAGGGGACAUAUUCAUGUCAGAAAGGCAUUAAUAGCGACACAUUAAAGGCAUAUCUCCUAGACUUUUACAGCAUCAGAUACGCUUUCAUUUUCUUCAAGAAAUAAGAAAUUCGUCAUCC